GUACAAAGUUUGAAGUCAAGGACGCGUGAGCACCUGGUCGCUUUUCGUUGUUUUCUUCAAUGGUGAUUCGCCUCCGAUCAUUAAUUUUCUGUUAGUAACAUUUAUAAAUCUCAAGGACAUGAUUCGGCUAAGUAAAAUAACCAAAAUGUUUUCAGAGACAGUCUUCAGUCAGAAGACAAUUUCUGUUCCUUCGAUAACGAGAGAACUCUCUACUAACGUUUACCUAUCAGCUCCUUCUGAUUGUGUCCUUCCUGAGCCUCCGUUGCCACCUAACAAAGAAGUCUUUUUGAAUACUUUGGGUGAACCAACUCUUUCCUCUCUCGGUUUGAAUAGCUAUUGGCCUUCGGGUUGGUAUCAAUGCUUGUUGGAGACUCUACAUGUUCACUUAGAUUUACCCUGGUGGGGCGCUAUUGCGGCUUCAACUGUUUUAAUUCGUAUUUGUGUGUUUCCCGUCAUGGUGCGUCAGCGACGUCAUUUGGCUGAAUAUACAAAUAUGAUGCCUCAAAUCGCUAUCCUACAGGAAAGUUUGACGCGUGCUAGACUCUCUGGAAACUAUAUUGAAAUGAUGCGUACUUCUGAGAAGAUGAAACAGCUCAUGAAGAACAAUAAUUUGAAUCCAUUAAGUGCCUUUAAAUAUGUGCUUCUUCAAGCCCCGAUUUCCCUUUCUGUUUUCACAGGAAUUCGAGGUUUGGUCAAUCUGCCAGUAACUAGCUUGCAGACUGGUGGUACUGCUUGGUUUACUGACUUAACAGCAUCCGAUCCCUAUUUCAUCUUACCAUUUCUCUCCAUGAGUUUACUCCUGCUGACAUUUGAGACUGGCGCUGAAUUACGUUCGAGUCAGGCACAACCUGCUAUGCGUGUUCUUUCAAAAGGGUUACCGGUUGUUGGUUUCUUUUUCGUAAUGAACAUGCCAUCGGCUUUGGUAUGGUAUUGGACUGUUAGCAACAUAGUUUCUCUUCUACAAUCAAUAAUUAUGCGUCAACCGCUUGUUCGUUCUUAUUUAAACCUCCCAUCUGUUCAAAAACCUCCUCCAGUGAUCGAAAAGAAACGUGGUUUUAUCGCAGGAUUCAAAGAAUCGUUAACUAAUUCACGCUUGUUAGCGGAGUUGGAUUCAAGAGAACGAAUAGAUGCAAAAGCUUGGCAAAAAUCUGGUCAGAAGGCUCCUCCUGUUACAUUUAUUUCUGACCCGACCAAGUUUACAUCAAAUCACGAAAAAAAAUGUUCUUCUGACAAAACCACUGAUAACGGAUCACAAGUGCAGUUAAAAAUCAAACAAAGCCUCGGCAGUCGGUAAUAUUUCCAACCUUACAAGGACAUUUUGUGUGUUUUCUUCGUUAUGACAAAAAAUAUUUCCUGGCUUUGUAUGGUCAUUUCAAAAGAAAAUAAUAGAUGAUUUUCCAUUGA